CAUUAAGCCCGAGGCAUGGCGCCGCACUCUCCCCAGGCCACCGGCGGCCACGGCCUAGCCUGGGAGAUGAGGCUUGGGAGUCGGGACCGCGGGGCCACGAACGCCCGGCUAGAAGGCGGCAGCCAAACCUGGAGAGAAGGAGGGAGGCCUUGGCCGGAAGUGCCUGUCAGCCGCCGGCCGCGCAGCCGCAAUCAGGACACGUGGCACUUCCGGCUCCGGGCUCGCAGCCGCUGCCCCGCCGGCGAGCCCUUCUCUGCCAGCUGGGCUGCCCCGAAGCCACCUGACAGCUCCUGGUGCCCCGACCCCGACGACCGUGCCCGUCCUCGCUGCCACGUCACCGACUCUCACGGCCGGCCGGAAGUGCCAUGUGUCACCGCUACGGAAAUUCCCGCCGUUGUGAACGUGACCUCGUUCGCAGAGCUGGGAUCGUGGGGCAAUCUGGGAUUCAGUAGCCGCUUUCGUGGGGUGGGACUGACAGUUCCUCUCCUCGGGUUUUGUGAAGAUUACCUGAGACAACAGAAGUCAUCGUCCUCUGUUGAGACGUACCACUGCUGGUAGCUGGGACGGUUAAUGUUCAUCACAGUAUUUCAUUCACAUUUCGUCUUCAUGUUUCAGAUGUAAAUUGUAAGGAGUUUUAAAAAGAGGUGGUUAAAUAUGUGUACGUAUUAAUAGUGUGAUCAAGCCAAGAAGGAGGCCUUUGUCUUUUGACUGGAAGACUCAGAGAAAUUUUGAUUUUGAAACUCGCUGAUUCAUAGCAUAGUCACACUCAAGUUCAUUAGCACAUUUAAAUGGCAGUUUUGUUUCCUCUUCUAAGAGUUUACAGUAAGGUAAAGAACUCAAACUUCCUUUCAGAGCAAGUAGACUUUUUUUUUUUUUUUUUUUUUUUGCAAGUAGACUUUUUUGACUUGAAGCCAAAGAGAGGUCGAAACUGCGGUGAUUAGACAGCAUAGUUAAUUAAUGACUGAGUAAUCAUUUUGGCUGCCUUCAUUCUAUUUAGGUUUUUCCUGCUCUGUGCUGACGAUAAAGCCCUUCUUUACAGCCUCUAUAUUACCAAGUGUCUUUGAAGACGUCCUAUAUUCUGUGUUAAAAUAUCAGUGAAGAGUAAGUUGCAUUGAAACAAUGAAAGAAGGAAAGAAAAGGAACAUUUAUUGACUACUAUGAGUAAGUCACUAGCUGUCAUUUUACAGAUGACAAAUAAAUGGUAGUGCCAGUAUAGCAAAGCAACAUGAAUAUCUACUAUUGUACCUUUCAGUAGACUUAUGUCUGUCACCAAAAUGUUUUGAACUUAAAAAAUGUUAAGAUCGUUCAUUGGCAUUUUCUGAGUUUGUAGAAAAGGAAGGUGUCUUCAUUUUAGAAAUAUCAGAGAUGCAUUGUCAGUAAUUAUAAAGAUUAGCAGUUUAAAUAAGGUACAUUUUAACCUUCCUUUGACUCUCAUUAUUAUACUGGAAUGGAAAUUCAAGCAAGAAUUAAGAAAAAAGAUGAGUCUAACAGAAAUGAAAAUCAGCCUGGGCAACAUAGCAAGAC